AUGGCUGGUAGCCACAUCCGGGUCCUGUCAAACUUGCGGUCUUUCUAUGUGGCUAAGUAUAUCACCAGAUUCCGGGAGGUGCAUCGUCUGUUUCCUCUGCCUAACUGGAUCUACCUGCUGGCGGACCCUGGGGACCGGAGGCCACACGACACCGAAGUGUUUGAGUUUGACGGUCCAGGUCUAGGCGAUGAUGCCACCUUUCCCGCCCAUCGACAACAGGGAAACUGCAUGGCACAUGAGCAUGAAGCCAUGGACGAAGAUGUGGCUUCCCAAGGCCCUGAUUCAACCCAAGACGAAAUCCAUCAUGAUCAAGAGAUGGAUUUAACUUCCAAUGAUGCACUAGGCGAGGUUGAUCCCGAGAUCAUCAGUGUUGUUGACAAUGGUCCUGUUGGCGAAUCAGGAAAUACCAAGGGUGCCAUGGAUGGGCUAAGGACAUCACGCUUGAAUAACGUGGGGGCCAACAUGGAUAAACCGCUGUUCAUUCCAGAGUCUAAUCCGCCUUCAGAGGACAACACACCACUCCGACCCUCACCAGAUGCAAGCACACUUGGUAUCCUUGGCCAAAAGCGAUCCUGCAGCCAAUCAAAGACAGGUGAUUCCACUCGUAACAACCGGCCCCGUUUAGAUUCAUCAAGCCUAGCCUCAUCAGAUUCCAAGGAUUUAUCCUCUGCGUCUGAAGAGGGAGAGACUGAUCUUCCGAAGCCCACCUUUGGUCGCAUCCGUCAACCUAGGGAUAAAACCCCGCCUGAGGGUGAUGAUGAGGAUUCCUCCGGGUCCAAUCCACUGGGUUCAUCCCCGAAUACCCUGGCUGAGAACACGCCCCACCCCUCUGCAGCUCCAACCGCACCUGUGCCAUCCGGGUCAACCAGCAGCAACCCAGCCGUCGCAUUGUCUAACCCUGGGGCGGUGUCCACCGGUUCAACACCACCUGUGCCAUCCCGGACAACUAGCCGCAGCAAGGACUUCUCUGAUUGUACCUCAGGAAAUAUGUCAACCAGUCUAACUGCUGGCGCUCCAAUUGACGGACCAGCUGGAACCGGUACUAUUCUUGGGGGGGUGGGACCAGGACUGACUGCUAGCACAACGUCAACGGGGCCGUCCGGCACAGGUGCCAAAGGUCCAACUGGGGCCACGGCUGUCACUGGGCCAUCUGGGGGCCCUGUGGCCCCUGGUCCGAAUCAACGAGCCUCCUCGACGGGUGGAUCACCUGUGACAGCGGGCAGAGGUACAACUUCCGGAACCGCGGGCGCUGGUCCCACCGCCGGGGGAGUGGUCGCAGGUCCCACACACCGGCAGGUGGCCUUGCGUGAGGCAUCACCAGAACUCUUUGUACGGCUACCUUUUGGGGAUCUCAAGUCACUUGAAUACUGGGAGCAACACAAAGAGAAUAGGGUUCACCCAGGUAAAACAGCUAGAUUCCUUGAGAAAACACAGUGUAUAAUCGGGCUCUUGCCAAGUCUCCUAGGUUGCAAAAAACCUGCAAGGCCAGCAAUUGAGUCUCCAAUGCUGAAAAAUGUCAAACUUGUCAUUGACCGCUGUAAAUCUGACAAUGUCCUCCUUGGACACGACAGGGAUUGCUUCAUUGGAGCGGAUUUUGUGAAUCGAGCAUGCUUAGGCCCUAGGAAAAAGCCUGGGAAGACUACCUCAAUGUCUCUCCGCAGUGAAGCCAAAUUGUCCCCAGAGCCCGAACACCCUCUGUUUCCAAUCAUCAACUCCACAGCCGAUCCGGUGCGGGGCGCGGGGAAAAGGCUGAAGGACACUGUCCACGAUAUAAUCAUGCUCCUUGCAGGUCAGAGGGCCAACAUGGUUAUGGAUAACCUCAAGGAUGUUGAUGGGCACUCUGAUGCUGCACUGGCCAAAGUCAUGGAGUUUUUCCAUGACAUAACCACUCGAGGGGCCGAAGAUCUGAAACGCUCCCGCUCUUCGGUCGAUGAUGGAUCCUCCACCGGUGAUCUUAGCUCAACGGGGAUGGGCUAUAUCUACACUAACAUAGCCCUAGCAGUCACAGCCUUGAUAAACCUACACUUUGACCGGAAGAGUGAAGAGAAGCCUGUCCUACUGAAGAAAGAUACCCACGAGAAGAGGAACCGAACUUCUACCAAGGCCAUCCAAAGUCUAUCGCAACUACUCUCCUCAGCCCAAUGGCAAUCCUGCAUGCUGGUUGAAUGGGGCGCAAUGGUUGUCACCGAACGAGCUCGUAAUGCGGCCAACUUUCCAGAUCCACCCUGGUCUAACUUUGGUAAUACACGUCUACAUGUGGUCAACACGCUAGCUCGUAUGGGGUUUGGAAACAAUGAUCCCAUGGAUUGGAAGAAUGUAAUGAAGGUUUUCAAGGACGAAUUUUCGGCUAAAAAACUUGCGGAGGUCUUAUGGGAGGACCUUGUUCUCAUGACGGACUAUGAUGUUCAAAAGGACGCAAGCGUUUUCUGGGCGGAUGGCCCAUCUUUCAGAAUUUCAGAAAACUAG